GCCGAGGCUGGGGAGACGCUCCGCAAACACCGCUGUAAAUAAAUACAACAAUCACUGAGGCCACAGGAACAUGGAGAACCAGUGCACUGUGCAGGUGAAGCUGGAGUUGGGCCACAGAGCCCAGCUGAGGAAGAAAGUGACAUCAGAGGGCUUCACACAUGACUGGAUGGUGUUUGUCCGAGGGCCAGAGACCGGUGACAUCCAGCACUUUGUAGAGAAGGUUGUCUUCCGCCUACAUGAGAGCUUCCCCAAACCCAAGAGAGUAUGCAAGGAGCCUCCGUACAAAGUAGAGGAAUCGGGCUACGCGGGCUUCCUCAUGCCUAUUGAGGUUUACUUCAAGAACAAGGAGGAGCCAAAAAAGGUGUGUUUCAACUAUGACCUGUUCCUUAACUUGGAGGGAAACCCGCCUGUCAACCACCUGCGCUGUGAGAAGCUCACCUUCAACAACCCCACCAAAGAAUUCAGGAGAAAGCUGAUCAAAGCUGGCGGGGUAUUGGUGGUUCCAGAGGGGGCCGAAGCUGUGUCGAGACCUAGUCCAGACUACCCAAUGCUCCCCACUAUCCCACUCUCUGCCUUCUCAGACCCCAAGAAGACAAAGACCUCGCAUGUGUCAAAGGAGCCAAGUAAAGAAGGAAGUGGUGGCAGCAGCAAAGGACCCAAACCGCACAAAGUGACCAAGGAGCAUAGGGAACGUCCCCGAAAAGACUCUGAGAGCAAAGCCACAUCGAAAGGGGACAACGACAGAGAUGGAAGCAGCAAGAGUGGCCGCGACCCUUCCUCUUCCUCAUCCUCGUCUUCGAAAAAGCCGUCAGAGAUCAAAGUGAAAGAUGAAGUAAAGGUCCUACCCAAGGCGGCCUUCAAAGAGCCGAAACUCACACUGAAGGAGUCAAAGAUGGACAGCAUGUCCCCUAAAGGAGGGGGGGCUGGGAGUGGAGGGGGUGGGGGAGGAGGAGGAGGAGGCGGAGGGCCCACAGAGUCUAAAGCCCCCGGGAAACGGCCCUCCACGGUAGAGUCUCCCAAACCUAGCGCUAAGAAGCAGAAGAAAGGCAGCUCUGAGGGGCCGAAGGCACAGUCUGGCGGGGCCUUCACAGGAACGUCUCCCCGCGUCUCCUCAUCAUCUGCAGCCAGUCAACCUUACGCAGAGAAGAAACCUUCCAAGGAAAAGGGUCGCUGGGCCAAAGGCAAAAACGACACACAACAAGAGUUGAAGGAGCCCAAGAAACCUCCAGAGUCCGAAGAGUCGAAUUCAGAGGAUGAAGCGUCUUCAAAGUCAGAGCAGUCGGCACCCUCCAGUCCUUCCAACUCCAGUUCCAGCUCUGACUCCAGUUCAGAUUCGGACUUUGAGCCAGGACAGAAACCAGGGCAAGGCCCCCUGCGAUCUAUGGUGGAGGAGAUCCAGUCAGAGGAGUCGGAUGAUGAUGAUAGCAGCUCGGAGGAGGAGACCCCCAUCAAGACCAACCCCCCCAACCGUGACUCUCGACUCAGCCUGGACAGCGAGAGUGACAGCAGUGACGGCUCGCACCGCCCCAGUCGAGACCCCGCUCCUCCCCCGCAGAAACACAGCUCCUCCAAUAACAAAGUGUCGGGCAGAAAGAGUCCAGAUUCCUCGUUUCGUUCAGAGAAGGUGCUGAAGAAGGGAUACGACAAGGUAGGAAGGGCGUACACGGAAGAGCUGGUGGACCUUCAUCGCAGACUGAUGGCUUUAAGGGAGCGUAACGUCCUGCAGCAGAUUGUCAACCUGAUCGAGGAGACGGGCCACUUCAACGUGACCAACACCACCUUUGACUUUGACCUCUUUUCACUGGACGAGUCCACCGUCCGCAAACUACAGAGCUACCUGGAAGCGACGGCCACGUGACAGGAAGCAGGAUUUUUUGUGGGCGGUGGCGGCAGAGGUGGACUCGCCGCAAUCCCCUCAAAGAGGGGAAGAGCGGCCACGUCUGUCGCAGCUGUUUCACAGGCCUGACUGAAUCAUCGAACAACUACCGUACACACACAAACAAACACAUGAAGACACACCACCUUCACGUGACGCUGGGGAGAAUGAGGAGGUGGAGGAGGAAGAGGAGGUAUGAGAAGGAGUGUCGGAGCUGGUGGCAGGAGGGUGGGAGAGGAGCACCGGAGUGGCUGAACUCCGUCUACAGUCAGGAUUUUCACUACACAUCUCUUUUUUUUUUUUUUUUUUUUGCGAGUGUCAAGCCUCUGUGCAGAGCUGAGGAAUGCACCCCACUUCCCCUCCUUCGCCCUCCUGCACUCAUGUUGCUCCCUCCUUUUUGCAAACCCAAUACUUCCCUCCUCCUCCUCCUUCUCCUCUCCUCCUCCUCCUCCUCCUCUUCAUUCACACGCACACUCCUUACUCGGCAGAACACUCCAGUUCCCUUCCCCCUUGCUGUCAGCUGGAGCUCAUUUCUCUCCCGACAUAUUCUCGAGUCAUGUGCGUGUGUGAGCGAGCGCUGCCGAGGUUUAAGAGGAGAUGUUGUCUUUGUGGUUUACUGACUUCUUUUUUGUUGGUGACGCUCGAGCACAAACAACAGUCGGUUUUCCCUCCUUUUCCCCUUUUGCGCGCACACACACACACAUACACACAUAUACACACACCAAACAAAUCCAGAUUCAUGCACACGUUUGUCUCCCAGGUCCUUACACUUAACACUGUACAUGAAGACACUGAGAAGCGUGCCGUAUGUGUGUGUGUCUGUUUUCGGAUGAGGUUUCUCUGUUGUCUGAACCAUCUGAACAUAUGUUCUGUUGAGUUUUCCCCUCUACUUCCUCGCACUGAAAGCUGAGCCUUGACCUCCUACCAACAGCCACCCUCCUCUCCUCCUCCACCACCACCUCUUCUCACUGAAGCCCCCUCACUCCAUCCCUCCUCUCUUUCUCUCUCUUUCUCUUUCUACCCUCCUCUUCCUCUUAUUCCCAUAUCGACGUGCAUGAAAGGGCUCGACUGCUCGCGGCCAGAGCGGUAGAGGAUCACUCCUGAAUUGCCUUCUAGUGGUGGGUAGGGUUGGGGGGGUUUUAAAAAGGAAAAAAAAAGAAAAAAAAGCCGUGAAAAAGUAGCCAUACUUAUCUCCCAGAAUCCAAAAAUAAGAAAAAAAAAAUAGGGGCCACGCUUUUUUACAUUUUAUUUUUCUACAAGUGCAUUUUGUGUAUUUAUUCCCAGAUUGCGGUUAAGAUAACCUGUGAGCUAUGAAUGUAUAUCGCUUUUACUUUUCUACGGCUAGCAACAGCCCCACUCUAGUGCCUUUCUGCGACUUGCAGUGCGAGGGGGGGUGUGCGCUCUGUUAGCCAUGGUCACACAGAUUGAAGGACCCCCCCCCCCCAACCCCCCUCAAACCCCCCUCCAAAUCCCUGCUCGGGGAAACAAGUGUUAAUUGGGAAGCCUGAAUAUCCAGUAUUGUCUUAAUGGCUUCCAUCCCUGCAGUGCUUACUCCUUCUCCAGUGUCUUUGUAGGCUGUUGUCCUUUUGUCAGUGAGAUUUCUGUUUAAUUGAGCUCUCUAGAAAUUUUUAAGACAACUAUUUUUUUUUUUCCUUCUUCUUCUUUCAUCAACGGUGAUCAUGUUUUCAUAUUCUUGCUUUCUGAGAUUAGGUUCAGUGUUUUUUAAAGAGGGAGCGUCAGGUGACUGUGUGGUAGAUACGUUAAUUAGUUGUAGUAACAGUCGCUCUCAGCUGUGUUUGUGUGUUUUAAUGAGACAGCGCUCUCAGUUGUUGUUGAAUAGGAUCCAGGUUCCCUCUUCAAAAGGUUUUGAAGUAUUUGAACUAAUGGUGGAGCGUUUGAUACCAAGUUUCCAGGCACUUGAACAGCGUCCACGAAGGACGUGUAGGCAGAAAAAUAAGCUAAACAAAGCGGUCUGUGUAUUUUCUUUCCCUAAAAGUGAAAUGUAUUUGUCAGGGGCCUGCAUCAUGAAGCAUGAUUUAGUGUUUGUUUGAUACCUUUUGAGUGUAAGCAGUCUGUCCGGUCUCACAAAGAUGACUCCCUGUAACCAAGUUGUAUCACUAUACUGCUUCAGACAGGGUUUAAUUGAGAUUAAAUCUGUCCAUGCAAACCAUAAAGAUAAAGAUUAAUGUCCCAAUCUGACUUUAUAACUGGACUUUAACAUGAAGCAGGAAGAGGGCGUAUGAGUUUAGUGUCAGUGCUGUGUUCAUAAUCUAUCAGUGCAGCUACAAAAAAAUAUAGUGACUUAAUGAACACACAAUGUUUCUACAGAUGAUCCUAAAUGACAAGAAAUGCCAACUCAAGCAUUUCUAUUAAAUGAAAUAAAAGCUAGACUGUUAAAAUUAGCUUUUAAACAGAUGAACUCAUGUUUACGUUCGCUUCACCAGAGUUCAUCUAACACACUAACUUAGAAAAA